UUUUUUUUCAUUUUACACGGAUUACUUCUUUUUCUGCCAAACCGGACCCGGACUUGUCGCUUCUGGUGACUUAAAACAAAGAAUUCGGGUUUUGAAGCAGCCUGUUAGCUAUGUUUAUUUGUGGCCAGAAAGUGAUUUCAAGUGUUUCCAGAUACCACUGUGGGACUCUUUCCUGGUUCGAGUACUGCAACGGAAACAUUAGCUAACACACACUAGCCCACAACAGCGUCCUUCUGCUUUAUUUAUUUCACAAAUACAAGGAAUUAACUUUUCUUCUUCUCCCGUUUUUGCCACCCAGACAACUUAUCUCCAAAGAUAAACUGCUGGUUAAGUCAAAUCGGUUUUACAGCAGCAGUGAUCCGGAGCUUUGUCUGAAGUUUAAAGUUCUGUCCUGGAUUGGAGCCGAUCCAUUGAUUGGGUCGUUGUUCUGUCUGAUUGAGUUGAGGGGGGAAAGAAACAACAGCGAUGUCGGGCCAGUCUAUUACGGAUCGGAUCGCUGCGGCGCAGCACAGCAUGACGGGCUCUGCCAUCAGCAAGGCGGUGUGCAAAGCCACCACACACGAAGUGAGCGGACCUAAGAAGAAGCACCUAGACUAUCUGAUCCACUGCACCAAUGAGAUGAACGUGAACAUUCCCCAGCUGGCAGACACUCUUUUCGAGAGAACAGCCAACUCAAGCUGGGUGGUGGUCUUCAAAGCCCUCAUUACCACCCACCACCUCAUGAUGUACGGCAACGAGCGUUUCAUCCAGUACCUGGCCUCCAGAAACACUCUGUUCAACCUCAGCAACUUCUUGGAUAAGGGAGCUCUGCAAGGUUACGACAUGUCAACCUUCAUCAGGCGAUAUAGUCGCUACCUGAACGAAAAGGCCAUGUCCUACAGACUGGUGGCUGUGGAUUUCACCAAGAUGAAGAGAGGCGUCGACGGCGUGAUGCGCACCAUGAACGCAGAGAAGCUCAUCAAGACUCUGCCCAUCAUCCAGAACCAGCUGGACGCUCUGCUGGACUUUCAGGCCAAUCCUAAUGAGCUGACCAACGGGGUGAUCAACUCGGCCUUCAUGCUGCUCUUCAAAGACUCCAUAAGGCUCUUUGCUGCAUACAAUGAAGGAGUCAUCAACCUGUUGGAGAAAUACUUUGACAUGAAGAAGAACCAGUGUAAAGACGCUCUGGACAUCUACAAGAAAUUUCUUUACAGGAUGACAAAGCUGUCGGAGUUCCUCAAAGUGGCUGAGCAAGUUGGAAUAGAUCAGGGUGACAUCCCAGAUCUCUCACAGAAGACUAAAGGAUCAUACAUUGCCCCCAGCAGCCUCCUGGAGGCUUUGGAGCAGCACCUUGCCUCACUGGAGGGCAAGAAGACGAAGGAGUUGAAUGCGGACACAAGAGCGUCUACCUUGUCGAGUGCUGUCUCGUCUCUGUCCUCCACCGGCAUGUCCUUCAGCCGCAUGGAUGAGAAGGAGAAGCAGCAGGCCUUGGAGGAGGAGCAGGCCCGGCUGCAGGCUCUCAAGGACCAGCGGCUGAAGGAGAUCAGCAUGCAUACUCCACCCUCCGCCUCCCCCAGCAGCCAGUCGGUCGGCAGCGCCAACAACAACAACCACAUCUCACACACCCCGGAGUUGUUUGGCUCCGUGCUGAAUGCAAACAGCGUCCCCAACCUGAACAGCGACCUGUUUGAUCUUCAGCCGGCCUUCAUCCCCGCCGUGCAGAGCACUCCUUCCAUCUCCAACGCCAACAGUGCCUGGGGAGGACUGGAGAGCCAGCCGCUGCAGCAGACCACCCCGGCCAUGACUGUAGAUUUUGAUGCCGUGUUCGGGAAUAAGUCCACACCCAGUAACAACGGCCCACAACCUGCAGCCGGUUUCGAUGCUCUCGGAGACCUGUUAAAGCCCACAGUCACCGCGCACACCGCACAACCUCCUCCUCCUCCUCAAAUGGCCAUCCAUCCUGGAGGAAAGCUGCUAGCCAAUGACCUCGACUCCUCUCUGGCCAACCUUGUGGGCAAUCUGCAGUUUGGAUCUGGAGCCAAGAAGCCAGAGAUGCAGUGGAACCAGCCUGGUGAGAAGAAGCUAACCGGUGGCCAAAACUGGCAAAAUAAGACCAUGUCGACCACACAGUGGGGCCCCGCGCCCAUGGCUCCACAGCCCAUGCCUGUGCCACAUGUGAAUGGAAUGUUCUAUACUAGUUAUGCUCCAGCGCCAAUGGCUUUCCCCAUGACCACACCACAAGUGCCUGUGUAUGGAAUGGUCCCUCCCCAGAUGGCUCAGAUGGGUGGGGUACCUGUGAUGGCUCCACAGCCGAUGAUGUACAACCAGCCUGUUCUCAGACCCACCAACCCUUUCGCGCCCAUGCCAGGAGCCCAGAUGCAGUUUAUGUAAUCCAUUCAGGGGGAAGCUGAGUGCCAAAAGCGAAAAAAAAAAAAAACUCACGAGAGGACGAUCGAACGGAGGGAGGAACGAUUUGAUCAGGCGAACGAAGAGACACAGACAAGCUGACCGACAGACACCAAAACAGAAGGAGGCGAUGAGGGGCGGAGGGGGUGGGACUCUGUUCCGGCUGGAACAACUGCUGUUGUGUGUGUGUGUGUGUGUGUGAAGCUUCUCUGUGUUUAUCAUUUGUGUUUUAAAUCGUGCAGACGGAGGGAUGGGAUGGACGGACGUCUGGCUUUCACCCAGCCUGUUCGGUUCGGUGUCUGGAUCCAGAAUUAGCUUUAUUUCAAACUGGUGCUAUUUUGUCCUCUCUGAGUUCCUGUCUACCUGCAACAGCAACUUGGGAGCACUUGUAAGAGGACGUGUGUGUGUGUGUGUGUGUUCGCAGCAGCAGUUGUUCCAGGUAAUACAGCCUCUCCUCCCCCCUGAGUCUCUGUUUGUUUUCAGAGAGAAACGUAGAGGCACAUUUUCUCAAGUAUGUUUCCUGUAAUUUUCCAAUCCGUGUAUUUUUUUUUCCCUUCUGUUUUUUUUUUUGCCUUUAACGUUAUCAGGGCUUGUACAGCAGUUUGUCGGAGCGUCAAACAGUAGCUGAGCGUUUUCUCCUCAUGGCUUCUUAAGCUCUGCCGCUCGCACAUCCAGACGGGAGAUCGACGAAACGUCGGGACGAAAAAAAAAUAACAUAAAUUUGUCUCAAGGGCUCGACCCACCAGGGAAACGCAGCAAAAUGUGUCCAGAUGUUGCGGAGAUUGUUGACUUACAGCUGCGUCGUGAAAACUGCUGGAAACCUGCCAGUCUGUGUGCUUCUAGUCUGCUCAAGGGUUGGGUUCUUCACGUACAAUGUCACAUGAAACUGAUUGAAUUUGACCCUAAAAGUAAUCAAUGAAGCUGUGUAUAUAAGCAAAAAAAAAAAAAAAAAAAAA